AUGGAGCAUACCCAGCCGCAGCCGCCAAGUCCAUUGACCAGGUCCUGGAACGGGCUCGCGCUGAGCAACAACGCGAGGCCGACGAGCUCUCCGACUGGCGCAUCCGCAACAACGGCAGCUGGGACGAGCCGGACACCCGCAGGCCGUUUUGACGGCCUCGCCCCGCUCGCCUCGGAGGUAUCCACUCAACGAGGGCGCCCAUACCCACGAGCACUCGCACUACGGCCCUCGGAGCUGCGGCCGCACUGUCUGGCACGAGACCGACUACAAGUGUGGCAGCCUUUCAAGGAACGGUCCACACGAGACGAGGACGGGUGCGAGGCAGUAAACAUCACACAGCAGGACAUCGAACGCAUCCUCCUGACCACGGUCUCGGCAUACGCAACAGGCACGCGCGAAUCGUACGGCGCAGGGCUGCUCGCCUUCCAUGCCUUCUGCGACGCGCGGGACUUCGAAGAGCGACUGCGGGCACCGGCGAGUCACACACUCAUACUCACCUUCAUAGCGAACUGCGCCGGCAUCUACAGCGGCGCCACGGUGCGCAACUACGUCGCCGGGGUUCACGCAUGGCACACCAUACAUGGGCAACACUGGAGAAUCCACGCCGACGAGCUCAAUGCGCUCCUCAAAGGAGCCGACCGCCUCGCACCUCCCGCGUCCAAGCGACCGAAGCGACUCCCGGUGCUAAUCACCUUCCUCACAGCUGCCAAAGCCCAGCUUAACCUGAGCGAGCCACUCGACGCAGCCGUCUGGGCAUGUCUCACGACCGUCUUCUUCUCGGCGGCGAGGCUGGGCGAAUUCACACAGCACAGCCUCAACAGCUUCCGACCAAAUCUGCACGUCAAACCGUCCGACGUACGACAGGACGAAGACAGGCACGGGUACAAGGCAACGGUCAUCCACCUUCCCACCACCAAGGUCGCACCGCUCGAAGGCGAGGACGUCUACUGGGCUGCACAGCCGGGGGCACCAGCGGACCCCGAAGAGGCGUUCGCAAACCACAUGCGGGUCAACCAACCAGACCCCGGUGGCCAUCUUUUCGCAUGGAAACACGCCCAGGGCCCGCGCGCGCUGACAAAGUCGGCUUUCCUCAAGAGGAUGGACAGCGUCGCGUCGCGCCUCGGGGAGGUGCCCAUGAAAGGCCACGGACUCCGCAUAGGAGCCACCCUCGAGUACCUCCUGCGAGGCGUCCCAUUCGACGUCGUGAAGGCCAUCGGGCGGUGGAGUGGCGAGAGCUUCAAGCUCUAUCUACGCAAGCACGCCACCAUCCUCGCACCCUACCUCCAGAGCUCGCCGGUGCUCGACAACGUCACGCGCUACACCAUGCCGCCGUUAUCAGCGCGGCAAUAA